GAUGCAUUAGAAGGAUCUCCAGGAAACCAUUAUGGUAAAUGAAACACAAACUUGAACCAGGGAAGACAGAAUGGAUGUAUAAAAUAAAAUCCUUCCGACAGUUUAGACUUUGUCCAUACCGAAUUGGACAAAUAACACAGGAAACCAAUUAAGCAAUACAGCAUCUUUUAGAUUUCAUGUGGAGCUGUAACAGUUUGUUAAAUGCAACAUGAAAGCAGACGACAAACUUCAGAUCUUGAAAUUCUUUCUAAUGCUUGUCAAUUCCUUCUUUGUGAUUCUUGGCAUCAGCAUUUUUGCGUGUUCUGCUUGGAUUUUAUUUGAUAAGGACAGCUUUGUUAGUGUUCUCAGCUCUGGACAGGAAGUGAAGGAAGUGGUUGGGGGGCUCUUUUUCAUCGGCCUUGUUGUGGUGUUUGUGUCCUUGCUGGGUUGUGCUGGUGCCUAUUUUGAGAGCAGAUGUUUCAUCAUAUUUUAUAUGUGCUUCUUGAUAGUCAUCAUUCUGGGUCAGCUUUUCAUCACGGUUGUGCUAUUAAUACGAAGAGAGAAGAUUGAGCAGUUUUUGAGGGAUAAUGUGGACGAGAUCAUUAGGCAGUACGGAGGAAAUGAAACCCAAAUGUUUUGGAAACUUCUAGACAGUGUGCAGACUUCUGCACAAUGCUGUGGUAGGCUGACCUCAAAUGAAUGGAGGAAUAACACAGUUAUUGAGUCGCUGGGGGGGACUGACAUCUACCCUUGCUCCUGUUUUAACGCUACCUGCCCUGUAAUUCUGGCUAGAACACACAGCUUUGGAAAUGGAUCAGACAUUUAUAAAACGGGCUGUGAGAAGGUUUUAUUGGACUGGCUAGAGAUGAAUAUAAUCGUAAUAUUUGGAAUGGAUGUUGGGCUUUUUUUGAUUCAGAUUCUGCAGUUUAUCUUUGGCAUCCAAACCUUCAAAUGCAUCGGCCUCAAGACGAGGGAACUGCAUCCCAAUAAUCUACUGGACGACACUGAGGAGAAUCCAGCAGCACAGCCUGAACACCAGGAGUACAGUAUGGAAAAUAAUCAAUUUGAUAGUCAAACCUAUGACCCUCAAAUGGACAGUGGCUACUAUCAUCACAGUGGAUAUGUUGACGGGAAUUAUGACAAUCCUGAAUUUUAUCCUGAACAGGAUAACAGUCAAAUAUAACAUAAUUUGCAUUACCAACAGGGCUACAGUGGCAGUUAUGAUCAGGGAUAUAUGCAACAAUAAAACUAGCAUCAGAGCUACAAUCCUGAUGAUUACUGAAGCCACAUUUCUUCUCUCAUGUAACAUGAUCAGAUUGGAAUGGGUUAAUUUGCUGUGGUCUGUGCCUGACCAAAGACAUCUAAAAACCUUCUCGUAAGACCAUUGUUUUGUUACACUAAAUUCAGGUUAGUGCCUGUUCCCAGUAAUAUCAUGUGUCAUUUUAAAGACAACCAGCAUCUUUUCCUCAAACAAUUCAUUCCAGACCUCUAAAGUCAAAGGCUUUUUAAAACUAAAUAUUUCCGUAGAAGUCACAGUUCAGGGUGCGAUGACAGACAAUUAACUAUUUCUUUUUUUCUUUGGCAGAUUUUAUAAGUUUGCAUUUUAUUUAAAUGCCCCAUGACAUGUUUACAGGUAUUGUAUAACUGUAGUAGUGUAAUUAUAUAAAAAUACUGACCUGAAAUUAUAACAAAUAUGAGACAAUCCACACAAUAACUACCAGCAAUAACAAUAAUUUUAAAACACUGUUAUAUGGAAAAAAAAAAUAUUCAAAACACUUUUUAAAUAAAGAAUAAAAAUCUACAUUUUCUACUUGAACCAUACAAUUAAAAAUAAACAUGUUUUAUAUGCAAGGGCUAUAUUUAUAUUAUUUUGAUUAUUACUAAUCAACAGAGAACAAAUAACACACAAGCUGUAUUUAAAAUGUGCAUAAACCAUUAGUCAUCCCUUGCUUUUCGUGCCAUGAAGGUUCCUAGCUCUCAGUUGUGAUAUUCGGAUGAUUUGAGAGGUUGUUUUGUAAAUCACUGCACACUCAGACCUGCUUUAUGAGUCAAGACUUGAUGUUAAUGACACUGGGGGCCAUUUAGUGUGUGAAAGUAUCUGUGUGUGAGUCGGCGAGUCAAGAGUGGGCUUUGACUGAAGUUUGACGGACAACACUCUCUAUAGGCCAUAAAGAGCAGCGUGUCUGUCCGCAUGAGAGGCCCCUUUGUUACAGUUGCUCUGUGGUUGAUGAUAGCCAGGCUGACAUUACUGACCUCGUGUGGUUAUGAGUUGGCAGUCAUGCUUUACGACAACAUUUGACAGCGCAUGCAUUGAUGGAGACAAAGAGAAAAUUACAUGGAGAGAAGCUUGAGACUUCCACUGUCAGUACCUGAUUCUGCUCUGGACAGAGUGAUGCACAAUGAGUCAAUGGGGGAUUUUCAGGACUGUCUGGGAUGCGCUGGGACAGUGACACAAAAGUUAUUCCAAAAUAGCAUAAAAGGGUCUUAUUUAAUAUGAACAUUUUCGUCAUAAAAUAGUAUAAAACCACAAUGUCUCCAAACCCAUUGUCUCCAAUAUAUCUAUUAUUUUAUCGUUUGAAACCAAAUAAACUUCUUUUCGUAAAAUGUUCUA